AACUGACGUAAUUCAAGUUGAGACAUGUACCAGUAGACACGAAGAUUAUUUAAGUGUGCUACAGUUUGAAAAAAUGUGGAAGAGUAAAAAGGACAAGUUCAAAAGAAAAUGGACUGGGAAUGAUUAUGCAAUCAGACACAGUAACCAACAACGAUCUCCAUCUGAAGGAACGGUCAAAGUUUUAACAAUGCAAUCACGUAACGUAUCAGAAAAACCUUCUAAUUUUAUGAAGAAACCUGAAGAGGAUGCAAUUACAGAAUAUCCCGAAAUUGACGAUUCUAACAAAAUAGAAAACAUUACAGACAACUACGAUGAUCUUGUUGGUAGAAAAAAACAAGAGGCGAAACCUGUGGCAUGCCUUGAAUGUGUAAAGCCGAUUCAGAUUUUCACAAGAGAAGAAAUAAAAAUAGGGGAUCACAUCAAAUUCUAUGGACGAAUAUAUGAUCACCAUGCAAUAGUUGUGGAUGUAAAAGCUUCAAAUGAAAAAGAUCAUAAAGCAGUCGUAGAAUUGGUGCAUGCAUCAAACACGACAUCUGGUGCAAUAUAUAAUUGUAUGCGACCCUUUGGUAACAAAGCAAAACUGUUAAGAGAAACGAAACGAAUAAAUUUUAAAAAGAUGAAAGUCAUGGUGUAUAAAUAUUCGGAUACAAUUGAACAUUUUUCGCCCAAAGAGAUUGUCAGUAGAGCAGUCACAACGAAAUCAAAUCCUAAUUUCAAAUACAACUUGCUGAAUAAUAACUGCGAGCAUUUUACAACAUGGUGCGUUACAGGAGAGAGUCUUAGCUUACAAAUUCGAAAGAUACGAAUGGUAAAGCGACUUUUUGCAAAUCAAGGAUUUCAAGGUAUCGGCGACGAAGUUCUUCGAAAUAAAAUCGAAUGUGAAAAAGGAAUGCUUUGUGCACCGUGUUUCGAGAGAAAUCGAAAAUUAUUAAGUGUCGCAAAACAACCGAUCAAAUCAAAAGGGGACGUAACGAUUGGUGAUAUAAUUACAUACACCUAUUACAGAUGUUGGCAUUCUGCUGUUGUACUUGAAAUCGAAUCACAUGACAGGUCACUACAGUGUAAAAUAGCUCAUUAUGCAUUUCGUGGUUUACAUAGAGAUAGAAAAAUUCGGGAGGAAACAUUAAGAAUUCCGUUCGAUGGAAGUGUAAAAGUAACUGACUUCUCCAAGACUGAUUAUACUGUCUACGAUCCAGAGGAGGUGGUGGAAAGGGCUCGAAGUAAGCUCGGCGAAAAGCGUUAUGAUCAUUUUUCAAAUGAUUCAAGUCAUUUUGCUCGAUGGUGUAAACUUCAACUGUACAGAAAGUGAUAUUCAUUGCCAUAGAAAAUAACAAUACUAUCGGAUGGAAGCUUUCGAAAACGUAUGCCUUAUUUUGUCUUAACACAUUUCGGUGACGUCAGUCUAUUGUUCUAACAGUAGAUUUUUUUUCAAGAAUCCAUUGUCAACCGACAUUAACUUUUAUUCUAACUGUUUAACUUCAAAUUAUUAACUGUUUAACUUCAAAUUAUUAACUGUUUAACUUUAACUUAUUAACUGUUUACCUCCCAAAAAAGGACAACACAUUUGUGGUUCGAACUUGCGAGCAUUUUCUUCAAUAAUCACAAUAGUCUUUGGUCCGUGCACUCGACUACGAUCGCUGAUAUAUAAUUACUAAUACUUUAUAUUCUUAAAGUACUUUAUAUGACUUAAUGGACUAUUGUCCAUGCAUAUGCACACAAAUUAUGUAGCUGCUGUUUAAUUGACACUGAACGUCUUUCGCUUUUACCACUAUGUAUAAUGACUACUAGUUUUUUUUU